AGCCCUGUGUGGGAGCUAAUGCUGAAUACACAGCGGUGGGAUCCUGACUGCAUGAUUAAUGAGAAACAUAAUGUAUUUUGGUGGUACAUGCCAGAGCCCUGCUCUUCCAGCCCUAGUGCGUCCUCCUGCUCCGCCUUUGCAGCCGUCGCUGGAUAUUAAACCAUUUCUUCCUUUCCCUCUGGACACAGCUGCCGCAGUCAAUCUCUUCCCCAACUUCAAUGCAAUGGACCCAAUUCAAAAAGCUGUAAUAAAUCAUACAUUUGGGGUUCCUCUUCCUCAUCGAAGAAAGCAAAUCAUAUCAUGCAACAUUUGCCAGCUGAGAUUUAAUUCUGAUAGCCAGGCUGCGGCCCACUACAAAGGCACUAAACAUGCCAAGAAGCUCAAAGCACUGGAAGCCAUGAAAAAUAAGCAGAAAUCUCUUACUCCCAAGGACAGCGCAAAGACUACCUUCACUUCCAUCACUACCAAUACCAUCAAUACCAGCUCUGACAAAACAGACGCUACCACAGGGACACCAGCAAUAUCAACGACGACAACCGUGGAAAUUCGGAAGAGCAGUGUUAUGACAACUGAGAUCACCUCGAAAAUGGAGAAAACACCCACGACAGCCACUAGCGGCACCACGUGCCCUUCCGUUGAGACUGAAGAAGAAAAAGCAAAAAGACUGCUGUACUGUUCACUAUGCAAAGUCGCUGUCAACUCUGCCUCGCAGCUGGAGGCGCACAACAGUGGGACUAAGCACAAAACUAUGCUGGAAGCUCGGAAUGGAAGUGGAACCAUAAAAGCCUUUCCCCGGGCAGGCGUAAAAGGCAAAGGACCUGUGAAUAAAGGAAACACAGGCCUUCAGAACAAAACAUUUCACUGUGAAAUAUGUGAUGUGCACGUAAACUCUGAGACACAACUGAAACAGCACAUAAGCAGUAGAAGGCACAAAGACAGAGCUGCUGGGAAGCCGCCUAAACCUAAAUACAGCCCUUACAACAAACUCCAAAAGGGAACACAUCCCCUAGGGGUAAAAUUAGUGUUUUCAAAGGAACCUUCAAAGCCAAUGGCUCCGCGAAUCUUACCAAAUCCUCUGGCAGCUGCAGCAGCAGCUGCUGCUGUGGCUGUGAAUUCCCCCUUCAGUCUUCGCACAGCCCCUGCAGCCACCCUUUUCCAGACUUCAGCACUUCCUCCAGCACUCCUACGACCAGCUCCAGGGCCUAUACGGACCACCCAUACUCCCGUGCUCUUUGCUCCUUAUUGAACUCCAGACAGGAAUUAAUUGUACUGCAAUAAUUUUUCAAAUCGGAAAAAAACAAACAAACAAACAAAAAAAGAAAACCAAGAACAUUGAACUAUGCAGUGUUUAUUUAUAGUUUAAAGUAUAUAUGAAGAGCCAGGACUUUUGAUAGAGAACUGAAAAAAUUCUAAAAGGGGGAAUGGGCAGUAUUUUCUUCAGAUGAGAACAUUCCUCUUGAGUAUUGAUCGGUUUAGAACUGAU